GUUUUUAUUCACAAUCACUCUGUGCAUCAUGUCGGUAACAUUGAUCAGCUAUACCUCUGCCCUGACGACCACCAAAACUGAAAUUGUCAAACACACCGAUUCCGAUCCCGAAAAGGAAGGUUUCUGGGCCCGCAAAGAAUCCUGGAAAUCAAGAUGGGUCAAAUAUUGGCGCCCGAAAACAAUUUAUGUUCCGGUUUGGAAAAAAGUCUGGACACCGGUGAUACAAAAUGAAUGGGUUCCACUGCCAAAUGCUCCAGCCGGAUGGUCAAAACACGAUAAGAGUAGUGUCAGCGAAAUUGUCUAUUAG